AUGGACAAAGCUACACUUCUAACGGCUUCUAAAGUGGAUCUGAACGUUUCGACUCAUCCCCGGUCCGACAUCACCAGGUUGAUCGUUCCGUCACUACAAAUUGCCCUUCGCUUCCAAAGCCUUGUCGGUUCAAUCUCCAUCUUCCUUUGCCUCCAUGCCUGCAUCAUCGCGAGCAGCGCGUUCGUCGCCGUCCUCCAGGGGAGCAAGAUCGUGUCCCUAAACGUCCUCAUCGCAACAAAGUAUAGCGCUUUUCACAGCUUCAACAUGUCUACCCAAGCCGUCGCCAGUGCAUGGAACUCCAAGAAUGUCCAGAGAUUACGAAAAAAGCUCUGGUACGAAUUCGCCGUCUUCAUUCUCGGCAGCGGGAAUAUGGUCUUCCUCAUGCUCUUCUGGCCUGGAUGGUGGGUGCUCGCAGGCGCGUGCUGGGCAGGCUGGAUGCUCUUCGGUUGA